AUGGCGAUGAUGGCUGGCCGUGUGCUGCUGGUGUGUGCCCUCUGCGUGCUGUGGUGCGUUGCCGGCGGUGUUUAUGCGAGGGACGUUGACACCAACGCACUGGGUGGCUGCAUGGCGUCGGGAGUGUUGGGUGAGAAUGGAUCCCACAUGCCUGACGGAUGUAAUGAAACUGCGAUUACGGUGCCUUUGCGGUCAGUACUGCCCAUUACUGCCGUUGAAGCCUCGGAUGGAGGAGGUUCUGUUGAAAAACAGAACGAUUCGCAUUCAAGUGGGACUUCCGACGCUGGUUCUUCUCCUGGUAAUGGCGCUGCCGGGGCUUCUGCUGGUUCUCCUGCUGCUUCUGGUGAUCGUGGUGCUACUGGUGGAGGUUCUGAUGCUGGUGGAGGCAGUUCUGGUUCUGAAGGCGGUGGAGACAGUUCUGGUUCUGGAGGCGGUGGAGGCAGAGGAAUUUCUGCUGGAGAUCAAGACGCCGGUGGCAUUUCUUCCGGUCCUUCUCAUCCUGCUUCUCGUGUUGGUUCUGGUCUUGCUUCUCCUCCUACUCCUGGUGCUCCUUCCGUUCCUUCUGGUGGCGGUGGAACUCCUACUGGAGGUCAUGGCACCGGCAGCGUUUCUUCUGUUCCUUCUGCUGCUCCUCCUGCUCCUGCUGCUCCUCCUGCUCCUUUUUCUGCUGCUGGUCCUGCUGCUCCUGGUGUUGAUUCUUCAACUGGCAGCAGUGGUGGUACAGCGGGGUCCCCAGGCAGUAUUUCAUCUAACACAACAGGGGACUCUCCAACAGGAGAUCAGUCGUCUGCUGCAGCAGCGGCUAACGACUCCUCGCCAGCCGAAGUACCGGCACGGACGACAUCCGGCACUGGACACACACGGGAAGAAGAAGAAGAAGAAGAAGAGGAAGAAGAAGAAAAUGAAAAGCAGCAGCAAAGUGAUGAAGCACAAGUCCAACAACAUCAACAGCAUGAACACCCCGCGGAAAGUGGCGAAGAAUCCGCGAAAGACAAAACUGCUCUUCGUACAAAUGCCACCGCAAAUACAGGCGACAGUGACGGCAGCACCGCGGUCUCCCACACCACCUCCCCUCUUUUGCUUCUUGUUGUUGUUGCGUGUGCGGCUGCUGCUGCGGUGGUGGCCGCGUGA